AUGAAAGUAGCUGUAGAAGGAUGCGCGCAUGGCGAAUUAGAACGAAUAUACGACACCAUAGCGGGCAUCGAAAAGGAUGGCGGCACCAAGAUCGACUUGCUCUUGUGCUGUGGCGAUUUUCAGUCCACCCGGAAUCUGGAGGAUUUGCAGACGAUGGCUGUUCCAAAGAAGUACCUGGAUAUGUGCACCUUUUACAAGUACUACAGUGGUGAGCUGGUGGCGCCAGUUCUGACCAUAUUUAUUGGCGGCAACCACGAGGCGUCCAAUUACCUGCAGGAGCUCCCUUAUGGCGGUUGGGUGGCUCCAAAUAUCUACUACCUUGGUUAUGCCGGCGUUGUCAAUGUAAAUGGAGUUCGAAUUGCUGGAAUAAGUGGAAUCUUCAAGGGUCACGACUUUUUGCGCGGCCAUCAUGAAUUCCCUCCCUAUACGGAGUCCACUUGCCGCAGUGUCUACCAUGUGCGGCAGUUAGAAGUCUUCCGGCUGAAGCAAUUAUCCGGGCGAGUGGAUAUUUUCCUGUCGCACGACUGGCCCACCGGGAUCUAUGAGUACGGAAACAAAGCGCAACUGCUCCGCAAGAAACCCUUUUUUGCGGCAGACAUGGAGAGCGGGAAGCUGGGUAGCCAGCCAUUGGAGGAGUUACUAAAAGCAGUUCAGCCGGCUUAUUGGUUCGCUGCCCAUUUGCAUUGCAAGUUUGCCGCCUUGGUGCCACACAAUCAGAGCCAGAAGGUGGGAGAUGGGGAAUUUGGCUCUUCCAGCAGCAGCAGUGAAGAUGAGGACGAUGAUAAUGAAAAGAAGGCUCCUCCUACACCAUCCAAAUCGGUUCCCGUGACGAAGUUCCUGGCUCUCGACAAAUGCCUGCCCCGUCGUGCUUUCCUGCAAGUGGUAGAGAUACCCAGUGAUCCUGUCGAAGGCACUCCCCGUCUGGAAUACGACGCAGAGUGGCUAGCCAUCUUGCACAGCACAAAUCACUUGAUUUCUGUAAAAGAGAAUUAUUAUUACCUGCCAGGCAAAAAGGCGGGAGAGAUCACUGAGCGAUUUAAGUUUACGCCCACUGAAGAGGAACUAGAAGGAGUGACUGCAAAGUUUCAGAACCUUAAAGUCCCCGAGAACUUUGAGCGCACAGUUCCAGCCUUCGAUCCCGCCGAGCAGUCUGAUUAUAAGCACAUGUUUGUGGGUCAACCAAAGGUUCAACUGAACCCUCAGAGCAAUACGUUCUGUGCCACUCUGGGUAUAGACGAUCCACUGUGUUUAGUUUUAUUGGCUAAUGGCCAGGAACUGCCUGCGGUGGGAGCUACCGAAUUCAAGGAUAGGGAUACAGAAAGUUCUAAGCUGCGGCCGGUAGAAGAAGAUGUUAUUGAACCUUUGGUUACGCCAACUAAAAGGAAACUUAACUUAUCCCUGCCAGCUCCUAUAUCGGCAGCAGCAGAUACCACCGAUAAAAACGUAAUAGACCUGCCCGAGGAGGAACCAGAAGAUGCAAUUAUAGCAACGGAAGCCCCUCAAGUUGAGGAGCCUGCAUCAGUGCCCGCUAGUCCCAAUGUGAAGAAACUGAAGCGACGCAACCAAGACAUUUACCAAGCGCAAGAAGAUUAA